AUGGAAGAGUCCACAAGGAAGGCGGCCAAGCACGAAAUUGAGGAAUCUUUAAAAAUAGUCCUAUUCAGCAUGCAGCGUUUGGGUUUCUCGUUCGAUAAACCUAAGAGCGCUUCGUCUUAUUUCCUCCAAAAAUUCAUUUUAGUCGUAUCCGUUUGCGGCAUAUGCCUUCAUGUGUUAUCUGAACUUGCUUACAUAUUCUUCACGGUUGCAAACUCACCGAGCAUUGAGAACGUCGUACCGCUGUUUCAUAUUUUUGGUUACGGAGUUUUGAGUGUCUCAAAAAUGUUUGCAUUCUGGUAUAAAAAGUCUGUGUUCGGAAAAUUGAUAGAAGAACUGGCUGGCAUAUGGCCUAUGCCUCCUCUUAGUCAAGAUACUGAAGAGUUCAAGACAAAAAGUUUAUCCUCUUUACGGAUUAGUCAUCGCUGGUAUUUUGGAGUGAACAUUAUGGGGGUAUGGUUUUACAACUUGACGCCUAUAUUUACGUAUUGCUACAGUAUUUGGCAAGGACAUGAGGCGGAAAUCGGAUUCGUGUGGGGCUCUUGGUACCCCUUCGACAAGCAUCAGCCUGUUGCUCAUGUUGCGUGUUAUUUGUUUGAAAUGUAUGCAGGUGUAACUUGUGUCUGGAUAAUGGUUUCGUCAGACUUGCUUUUCUCAGGAAUGGCAAGCCAUAUUGCUCUGUUGUUGAGGAUCUUGCAGUGGCGUUUGGAGUCACUGGCAUCUGUGGACAAAUCCGAUGAUGAAUAUUAUGAAGAGAUUCGUUCUAACAUCAAAUUGCAUCAACGACUUAUAAGUUACUGCAAUAGCUUGGAAGAAGCAUUCUCUGUUGUUAAUCUUAUUAACAUUGUGAUGAGCUCUAUAAACAUUUGCUGUGUUGCCUUUGUAAUAGUGUUGCUGGAGCCAUUAGUGGCAAUAAGCAAUAAAUUAUUUUUGGCAUCGAUAUUGAUUCAAGUCGGGGCCAUGUGUUGGUAUGCUGAUGACAUUCUUCACGCUAACGAAAACAUAUCGUCAGCUGUGUACAAUAGUGGGUGGUAUAAGACAAGCCCACGUUGCCGACGUUCUCUUCUUUUUAUCAUUCUGAGAUCUCAAAAACCUAUCGCAUUCACUGCUAUGAAAUUUACAAACAUCUCGCUUGUAACAUACUCUUCAAUAUUGACGAGAUCAUAUUCAUAUUUUGCUCUACUCUACACUAUGUACAGCGAAGAAUAAAUAAAAAAAUAUCACGCACUCGCACUCCUGCUUAGGUAAUAAUCCAGUGGCGUGCACUUCAUACGUGCAUUAAAGUACUG